AUGACGAAUCGAUUACAUUUGCGGCAAGGUCGCCCAAUAAAACAGUUCACCGAGCGCCUUAACGCAGUAAUUCCACCACUUAACGAGAAUCAAGAGAAAAUAUCUACAACAAACUCAGAAAUUUUCGAAAAAUUAGAUCGUUUUUCUUUAAAUGAAGAAUCUAGACUUCGUUGUGAAACAUUUUUCGAACAAAUGAUGGAAGCUAGCUUAACUCAACCAAUCGAAUUAUGUUUUCCUGACAUUUUAAUCGAUUUAUUUUCAUCAAAUACUGCUAUUGUCUGGUCACCAAACGAAGAUUCAACAGUUUUCUAUUCUAAAGUACAUAAAGUCGAAGUUAAAGGACAAAAUACAUUACUUGCCGCAGUUUGUAAAUCAAAAACAGCAAUGAUUGUAUGUUCUCUUGAACCAACAGCACCAAUACCAAUACUUCAAGAAGAACCUAAGUCACCUCAAUUGAUUUUCCCACUUUAUUUACAAGAUGGCUCAAUUACUUGUGUUGUUGAAAUUAUUAGACAUAUUUCUCAGCCAUCCUUUGAAGAUAUAGACAUUAAAACAGCCAACUUCUUAAUGGAGAAGUUCAUGGUGUAUGGGUCUACAAUAAUUCAAGCUGCAAAAAUGAUAGAUUUUGUUUAUCCUUUUUGCACGAGUUCAAUGACGUCAAUCAUACUUCCUCUUUAUACAUCAAUGCUUUGUGAUAAAAUGAAGGCAGAAAUUUGCGAAUUUUGGCUACAUCGUUCAGAUAAAUCUUUUAAAUACCAAAAUCAAAGGUUUACAUUGAUAGAACCACAUAAUGUAGGCAGUGUUACAGAAGCCUUCAGAACAGGAGACCCUCUUCUCGUCAAAACAGCAAGGUAUCAUCAAUGUUUUUGCUUUAAUGGCGAUUUUACACCAGAUUCAUCAGUUAUAUGCGUUCCUCUUAAAUUCCAGAACAACACAACAUUUGCUGUUGUAUUAAGAAGGCAAGCAAUUCCAUUUAAUGAAGUUGAUUUGUUUAAAUUAGGAGUUGUUGCACCAUUUAUCAUACAAUCAUACAUGAUGUCUGAAUCAUUAGUUACGUCACGUGAAAAUCCAGAAGAUAUUCCAUACAGAAUGAAAGAAAUGAUGAGAACAGCGAAAUUAUUAUUUGCUUCAAAGACAAUUAAGGAAACUGCAGAUAGUUUAGCCAAGAAACUAUGUCGUGCAGAAGAAAAUGAUACAGAAAUAGCAUCGCCUUUGUUUGAUAUUCAAAAUAAAAAAGUUUCAGAAAUUGGAGUUUCGAAACGUCAAAAUGGAGAAAAGUUUAAUGAUGAUGACAAAAAUAUUCUCAAUGCAUGGUCAGUUUUUACAUCAUACAGACUUCGAAUUCAAGAAAUUCUUGAUGUUUUUCCUAAGUUUGUCGGAGACUUACUGAAAGAGAAUCCGAAAGAUGUCAUCGCAUAUUUAGAAUUUUUCAUGAAAGAACUUGGUGCAAAACGAACAUCAAUUUUCGUUAAAUCAAACUUUUCUGCAGAUUUAAUUCCAGCUUUACAACUUGGUAAAAGUAAUGAAACAAUAUCAGAUGAAAAUGCGAGAAAAUCUAUUGAUACGAGUGACACAGUUGUCACUAUCACUAGGAAGAGUGAUCGAAAGAACAUCACGGCAUGGAAUCCAGACAACGACGAUAUCAAUGCAGAAGAAGCAACAGACGAUAUAAUUAUUGAUUGUUUGAUUAGUGUUAAAGGUGUUUUUGAGUGUGAACUCACAUUACCAAGUGACAAUUCAUAUCAAAAGGGAAUCCAGUUCUGCUGUGAGUAUAUUUCAUAUUUGUUGAAUAAGAAAUGCAACGAUGAGAUUGUCAUGAUGGGUGAUGAAGGAUAUUUGAUAUCAAACUACAUCACAGCUAAAGAAAGUGUUGACUUUGCAAUUCCAGAACUUCUUAAGAUCCAAGGUGUUUUCGAGCUUGAUUUUUCAUGUGAAAAUUUAGACAACAUUGGAUUGAUCAAAGUUUGUUUCUUUGUCUUCGCAAACUUCAGAUUGAUGCAUGAGAUGCAGAUCAACGCAGGAACUCUCAUGAAGUUCUUCUACAGAGUCUCACUUCGAAAUUCAUAUGCAGAAGACAAAGAUUUCAAACAUACAGUUAAAAAUCUUAUAUUCGCAUCUAAACUCAUCAUGGAAUCAGGUGUUGAUCUUAGUCGCCAACAGAUAUGCUGCCUUCUUGUUGCAGUUCUCUGCAGACACAUCGAUAGUGAACGUGUUCCAGACAAAUAUCCAAACAAAUGUUCUAUUUCAGCAGGUGAAUUUUUGUCCAAACUACCAGUCUACGAAUCUCUGAGUGCAGAAACGUUCAUCUCUUUGUCGAGAGGCUGUUCAUUGUUCCCUGAAAACGUUCGAAGUGUUUGUGAAGCGACAGUUGUUAAACUAAUAAUCGAUGUUGCUCAUCAACGACAUUUCACAGUUCUUGAAAACAUCGCAGAUACAUAUGAUGGAAUCUUGACAUUGAUUAUGAAAGCAUCCGAUUAUUCUAUCUGCUGUGCACCAUAUCCAGAGUUCGAGAAAGAGAUGUACACAUUUGCAGAUAUGUAUUAUAUCUCAGGUGACAUCUCUAAGAUUCCAAAAGUUUCAUAUACUAUAUUUUCUAAAGCUCGAGAAUACAUUGAUAAGAAAGCAACAUUACCAUCAUUCUUUAUGUCAGUUGUUGUUCCCUUAUUUGACAAACUUGAAAAAUCACUUCCCAAGUUACAACCAUAUCACUCCAGAGUUGCCCAACUUGGAAUUAAACUUCAAAGUCAAACCCCAGAAGAAGUUGAUGGCAAAGAAUAA